UGCAACAUCAAAACAAAGUGAACACCGCACUACGCGAAAGUGUUGCUUGCCGUGCAGGCGCAAUCAUUAGUACCGGCUUCCGAGGGCUGGACCGAUUACACAAUACUGCGGCACAGGUUGCACAAAAUGCUGGUAAAUGGCCACAGGUGGACACGAUGCUGUCGAACGGUGUUAAAAUCGGUUCAAGUUGCAUCGCGCCCAACGAUAGGCGUUCGGCGACGAAUAUUGGUUCCGGGCGACAUCACCACUGCUGCACAAUCGUACCGAGGGAAGAAAGAUGAUAGUCGACUGUUUACACCGAUUCCGAUACGGCCCAGCCCGGACGAUAUCAAUGUUGGGGCCGAGCUGACGGGUGUGCUGGAUAAGGCGGAAAUGUUGAAAGUGAUACUAAAGUUCAGCAAUCGGAAAGAAAUAAAGUUUCUCUGCCUGGAAAAUGGCAUCGACUCGAAUCUACAACAGCAAGCAUUUAUCAGCUUUCGGAAGUACUGUCUCGAAACGGACGCACUACCGGCCGAUCUGCAUGUGGUGCUCAGCGACAUACUGCAGGGCGCGGGACACGUGGAUGACAUCUUUCCGUACUUCCUGCGCCACGUAAAGCAAAUUUUCCCACACCUCGAGUGUAUGGAUGAUUUGAAGAAAAUAUCUGACCUUCGGCAACCGGCCAACUGGUAUCCGAACGCGCGCGGCAUGAACCGGAAGGUGAUUUUCCACUCGGGUCCAACCAACUCGGGCAAAACGUACCACGCGAUGGAGCGGUUUCUCACCGCCAAAUCGGGUGUGUACUGUGGACCGCUGAAGCUGCUGGCCAGCGAGGUGUACAACAAGAGCAAUCAGCGUGGAACGCCCUGCGAUUUGGUGACGGGCGAGGAGCGCAAAUUUGCCAACCCGGAGGGCAAACCGUCCGCGCACGUGGCUUGCACGGUAGAGAUGACCUCCAUCAAUCAGCCCUAUGAAGUAGCAGUAAUCGAUGAAAUACAGCUGCUGAAAGACGUUGGUCGAGGGUGGGCGUGGACGAGAGCUUUCCUAGGGCUGAUGGCGGAAGAGAUUCACGUGUGCGGUGAACCGGGUACGGCCGACUUGCUGCAGAAGCUGUGCGAAACGACACACGAAUCGCUCGAGGUACGCAACUACAAACGGCUCACGCCCCUUCACAUCGAGGAUCAAGCACUGCAAACGCUGGACAACGUGCUGCCGGGCGAUUGUAUUGUGUGCUUCAGCAAGAACGACAUUUACGCCGUGUCGCGAGAGAUUGAAGCGCGCGGAAAGGAGGUGGCCGUUAUUUACGGCGGUCUUCCACCCGGGACGAAGCUGGCACAGGCGGCCAAGUUUAACGAUCCCAACAACAGCUGCAAGGUGCUGGUGGCGACGGACGCCAUCGGCAUGGGACUGAACCUAAGCAUACGGCGCGUAAUAUUCUACUCGAUGAUCAAACCGACCAUGAACCAGAAGGGCGAGAAGGAGAUGGACACCAUUUCCGUAUCGGCGGCGCUUCAAAUCGCUGGCCGAGCCGGUCGGUACGGGAUGAAGUGGGAGGAGGGAUACGUGACCACAUUCAAGGCGGAGGAUUUACCAACGCUGAAAGGUAUUCUGGCCCAAACGCCGGAUCCACUGUCGCAGGCAGGGUUGCAUCCGACUGCGGACAUGAUCGAGCUGUACGCUUACCACCUCCCGAACGCCACGCUCAGCAACUUGAUGGAGAUAUUCGUGUCCCUUAGCACGGUGGACGACUCGCUGUACUUUAUGUGCAACACCGAGGACUUUAAGUUCCUGGCCGAAACAAUCCAACACGUACCGCUGCCACUGAGAGCACGGUACAUUUUCUGCUGUGCGCCAAUCAACCGCAACAUGCCCUUCGUGUGCUCCAUGUUCCUGAAGUACGCCCGUCGGUACAGUCGUAACGAGCCGGUGACGUUCGAUUGGCUGUGCAACCAGUGUGGUUGGCCGUUCCAGCUACCGCGCACCAUUAUCGACCUCGUGCACCUGGAAGCGGUGUUCGACGUGUUGGAUCUGUACCUGUGGUUAAGCUACCGCUUCCCGGACCUGUUCCCGGACGAGAAGCUCGUGCGCGACAUUCAGCGCGAGCUGGACGACAUCAUUCAGCAGGGCGUAUUUCAAAUUACGAAGCUUUUGAAAAAUUCCGAAACAGCCGUCUCUACCAACACACCGGACGAAGACUCGUUCGUGAUGCGGCAGAAGAAGAGCAAGUACUAUCGGGAGGCGGGUACCGGGUCGGGUGGUACGCGCGGUCGGCUGACCGAGCGGUUGCUCGCACAGGGACUGCUAACGCCGGCCAUGCUGCAAGAGCUGAAGCAAGAAUGGGACCAGCAGGCGAAACGGACGGGCAAGGCGGGGUCGGAGGACAACGAUGACGAUCCGUUCGAGGGUGGAAAGAAGGGCCCGGGGCGACGGAAAGCGACACGUGGCAAGGGAAAAUAGAAUAGCUCCGAAGGCCAGUAGCGAACCGGAAAUAAAAAUAUCGAACAAUGGAUAGAGUUCACGGA